UGUAUUUAUUAUGAUUGGAUUUCCUCGGGAAUAGAUCUAAGUUUCUAUUUUAUUUUGCUCAAUAUUACCUAUCUCUUCAAAGUUUGAGUUGGAAUUGGAAUACUGUCAAUAUUAUGAUUUAGUUGCGGCAAGUUGCAACUUUAGAAAAUUACCCAACGUUAUUACAAUCGCGAAUACAUAAUAAAAUAUGAAGACCGACACAGAAAAAGAAAUUGGGACUCAAAUCCUUAAAAGUUAUGGACAAUUCUUCAAAAAACAACAUCAAGAUCUUUUAUCACUUACAGAUGACUCCAAGUGGGAGGAGAAUAAAACCUUUUUAGCUGUUAAAACCAUUAUGAACCCAAAGGAAUCACUCUCAAUUACAGAUUUGGUUUCAUCUGAUAAUAUGAUGAUGACGAAAAUAUUAAGUGUGCUAUCUUCCUUGUGUAUAGAGAUCACUAAAUUAAAAGAAGAGGCUUUUACAAGAUACUUUCCAUUUUUGGCUGUUUAUGAUGAGUAUAAUGAAAGUUCUGUUAGCUCCCACAUGGCAGAAAUAUGCUCGUUAAGUGCCUUUAUCUCCCGAUGUGAAGACACACUCCGCAACCUCUGUAAUCAAAUGUUUGCGCUCUGCACAGAAAGCUUCAUUAAUCUAAAUGGGAUCCAGAUGGACCAUUUGAUAAAACAUGUUGGUGAAAUCUUCACUGUUAUAAUACUUAUUGAAUUGCUUAUUUCCAAUUCAACACUGCCAGCGAAAUGGAGGAAAUACCAGAAAGCAUUGAAAUCAUAUUCAUCAGACAAACUGGACAUGUAUGAAGAUAGACUAGCUUCUAUGAUUGGGGCCGUGGAUAAUAUUACAAAUAAACUUAUGAAUGAUGACAUAGCACAAACAUGUCUACAAAAUCUGCUUACACUCAGAGGGAAGCUGGUGGACAAGAAUUGUUCAUUUUUGGCAACAGAACUAACCCAGUAUGUCAAACAAGCCAUUUGCAACUUGGAGAAACUCACGGUUGAGAAACCUACUUCAGACAAUAUGUACAAAUGUAUCAAAGUCAACACUCUAUUUGUGCUUAACUCACACUUGUUUGGAAUUGGUGACAAAAAAAUGUUUAAGAGUUUGGUGGAAUUGAACACGAAGGCUCACAGCAUCAAUCUGACUGGCACAUCUAUAUGGUUUCCUGAGCAGUUCCUGCAAAGGCAUGUACCUUCACUCUGUGCCAGUUUUGGCAAACUACCACAAAUCAUGCUAAAAGCUCGACAAACUUUUAUCAGUAACAAAAAGGCAACUCUCGCUCGCGAUAUUGCCAGUCUUCAAUCAACAUGCACCCAGUGGAUUUUAAAUAUGGAAGAAAUUUUCUCCAUAAAACAUAACAGAUUGAAUGCAGCAGAAAUGAGCUUACAUGUCAAAUCCCUGUUAACUGGUUUAGAUCUUGCAUCAAGCAUUAAUUGCUCAGUACUGACCAUGAUCAACCUACAUCUAUCACUUGGCAUGCCUUUAUCAAAGAAUAUUCUUUUAUCCCUUUUCGAAAUCAUAGACAUAUUGAAAUCAUUACAAAAUGCAGUUACACGUAACUACACGCAAAUUAUGAAUUCAAUUAAUAUGACUAUACAGCAUCUGGUAUUCCAAGCUAUAGCAAGUGUUCAGGAUUUGAAGAAAACUGUUAUGACGGACAAAAUGUUUGCGAGUAAACGGCUAGAUGAACUCACCUGCAUUGUGAUUGCGGAACAAGCUCUAAAGGGUGCUGCCACCAUGGAGAGGAAUGUUGCCGCCUAUAUCGCACUCAGCUUCGUCCCCAAUACCACGUAUCUGGAAGACGGCUAUGCCAGACUUGCAACUAUUCUAGAAAAAAUACAAACUCUAUCUAAUUUCACCCAAUCAUUUGAGAGCUAUUGUAAUUGUUCAUGGUUGUUGUGGCAUGAACAUAUCAUUCCAAUUUAUUUUGAACAAAAUUUCAAUACUCAGUUAAAUGCACUCAAAUUGAAAUAUUUUCUUAUGGUCUUAGAAGAUUGUGCUGUCUUUUUGCAUCACACAGACAAGCAAUACAAAACACAAAAAUCGAAACAAUUUGUCAAUAUGAUUCAAAAGUUAAUUGACGACAAAGUUAUUCAGUCUACUAGUCAAAACAUCGAAACAAAUUUAAGACUGCACAUUCAUUCCCACCUACAGUUAGACGCCACUGAUCCGUUUUCAUGUGAUAUGACCAAGAAGGUCCUGCUGGCUGCCGACACAUUCCGCAUUUUAUCCGUAUACAUGUCAGUAGUGCCAUCAGUAGAACACUACCUCUCCACAAUGUACUACAACUUGACAACAGUCGUCUUAUCAGACUGGAAAACAUACGGGGAAAUGCGACAAAUGGCUAAAUUCAAAUUUAAUCUAAAAACGGUACAUGACAAUCUUCCUACACAGACACUGGAACAAGGGUUAGAUGUUUUAGAAAUAAUGAGGAAUAUUCAUAUUUUUGUCUCUAAAUAUCUUUAUAAUCUGAAUAAUCAAAUAUUUAUUGAAAAGAGCAGCAACAACAAGCACCUGAACUCUAUAAAUAUCCAACACGUUGCUAACUCCAUACGAACUCAUGGCACCGGAAUUAUGAACACGACAGUUAAUUUCACAUACCAGUUUUUGAAAAAGAAAUUUUUCACUUUUUCUCAGUUCAUGUACGAUGAACAUAUAAAAUCGAGGCUAGUGAAAGAUUUAAGAAACUUUAAAGAAAACGCUCUAGCUAACAAUAACAUGUACGCGUACAAAAAUGCAGAAAAAUUUAACAAGGGCAUAAAAGUUUUGGGCUUAGCUGAUGAUGGUCAGAGUUAUUUGGAUUUAUUCAGAGAUUUGAUAAGCCAAAUUGGAAACGCAAUGGGUUACGUGAGAAUGAUCCGAUCUGGAGGCAGACACUGCUGUUCUGAUGCCACUGUAUUUUUGCCCACUUUAGAUAUAAACGAAUCUUUUAAGGAGAUUAGCACAGAAAGUAAUUUCGGGCCAAAAACUAUCGAUGCAGCAGAAAACCUAGAUCAUAACAUUAACCUGUUGAUAACAAAUUUCAUUCAAGGUACGGAAUAUUUUAAAUUGCUGGUGGACGUGUUUGCUCCAGUGUUCAGGAAUCCUAAAAAUGUUCACCUCAAAAACUUUUUCGUCAUCGUUCCGCCGCUUACGUUGAAUUUUGUUGAACACAUGAUCUUAUCGAAAGACAAAAUGACGAAGAAGAACAAAGUGGGCGCUGCGUUCACUGAUGAUGGGUUUGCGAUGGGUGUCGCUUACAUACUGAAGCUACUUGAUCAGGGCUCCGAUUUUGAAUCUCUUCACUGGUUCGAUUCUGUCUGGAAACACAUAAGAGAUGAACGGAAAGCAGUCGAAGUACAGAAGAGCAAAGGAUCUGUACAGCUACAACAAGCCCUAGCCCUGACGGAGAAGAAAAUCAAAACUGUCGAGGAAGAAUUCAAACUUCUGUACUUUAGCUUGACUAGUGCCAGAAUAUUCUUUAGAUAGAUAUUAGUACUGAUUAUCUUGUUGUAUAUAUAACGAAAAUAUUACGCAAAAUAUAUUUUUAAAAUA